UGGGGAUUCCCCAGGGGCAGUGACAGCAGACAGCAGUAUUUGUUGAUGGUCCUUCACUAGUGACAAAACAGGCUGACCCCAAACACAGACAGGGAAAAGGAAGCCAGGAGCUGAGGCACAACACAAGCAGCCCAGGGGUAUAAAUGCUGCCACCAGACACCUCACACACACACACACACACACACACACAUACACAUACAUACACACUCACUCUCUCACAGACACACCCUCCUCCAUCCAACCCCGCCAUGGCCGCCUCCACCAUGUCUGUCUGCUCUGAUGCCCGCACUAACUCCUCCUGGCAGGUGGAUGACUGCCCAGAGAGCUGCUGUGAGCCUACCUGCUGUGCCCCCAGCUGCUGCCAGUCCAGCUGUUGUAUCCCUAGCUGCUGCCAACUCAGCUGCUGCCAGCCCAGCUGCUGCCAGCCCAGCUGCUGCCAGUCCAGCUGUUGUGUGCCCAGCUGCUGUGCCCCAGCCUCCUGCCUGACCCUCAUCUGCACCCCAGUGAGCUGUGUGUCCAGCCCCUGCUGCCAAUCUGUCUGCUGCUCACCCUCAUGCUGCCAGCAGUCUAGCUGCCAGCCAGCUUGCUGCACCUGCUCCCCCUGCCAGCCGUCCUGCUGUGUGCCUGUCUGCGGCAAGCCUGUCUGCUGCACACCCAUCUGCUCUGGAUCCUCCUCAUGCUGCCAGCAGUCUAGCUGCCAGCCCUCAUGCUGUCAAUCUUCCUGCUGUGUGCCUGUCUGCUGCAAGCCUGUCUGCUGCACACCCAUCUGCUCUGGAUCCUCCUCAUGCUGCCAGCAGUCUAGCUGCCAGCCCUCAUGCUGUCAAUCUUCCUGCUGUGUGCCUGUCUGCUGCAAGCCUGUCUGCUGCAAACCCUGCUCCAGUGUGUCCCUGCUCUGCCGCCCUGUGUGCAGACCUGCCUGCUGUGUGCCCACCUCCUCCUGCUGUGCCUCCUCCUGCCAGCCCAGCUGCUGCAAGCCCUGCUCCAGUGUGUCCCUGCUCUGCCGCCCUGCCUGCUCCCGCCAGGCCUGCUGUGGCCUCUCCUCAGGCCAGAAGUCCAGCUGUUGCUGACCUGUCCCAUGCUUCAGAGUCCCCCAGUGCAGGUCUGAUACUCUCACAGUUAUGUUCCCAUCCAUCCUGCUCCCCACAACUGGGUCAGCCUCAUACCCACCUCUCCCUCCUCAGCCCCCAGUAUCCUCUGUAUUGCUUAUUCCCACACUUUUCAUCUGCCUCCAUGGUGGCUACCAUCCCAUGACCAGUUGAUGACCUGUGAGUCCUGAAAACCUUCUAAGGCCUCCCAGGAGAAUCUGGCCACCCAUGGGGACAGGUGUGUGUGGUACAGGUCGGUCUCUCUGGUACCCUGGCCUGAGCUGCAUCCAGUGUUGGCCUUCCACUGACUGUGUGGUUGUCCUGUUUCUGUUUCUGUGGCUCCUUUGAAGCAGUCAUUACCCAACAGGCUCCAGGGAGACACUUUGUGGCUACUGGACACCUGAUCCAGUUAGAGACCGCAGGCUCUGGCUUCUGUUUCCCUGUCCUGGGCACUGGAACUGAGUUGACAUGGGAUCUCCUUCUCUGUGACCUUCGUCCUCUACUGAGUUCCCCUCUCCCGCCUGGCGGCCCUCCAUUGCCAUCUUCUACUCUUGUGAGAUAAAAUAAAACUGGAGAUCCACAAAGA